AUGGCUUCUCGGACUUUGUUGAACCUCGGUUCAAAGUCGGUCAGCCGGGUUUUCCGCCCAAUUACUGUGGCAAGAUCCUUGUCUUCUCUGGCUGGUAAGUAUUCCUAAUGUCAACCCCGUCUUUUAAUAUCAUUUACUUUUUGAUUGUUCAGGGAUUUUUUACCUUCAGGUCCCCAACAGAAGCAAGUUCGUAAUUUCAACUCUAGCCCGGUUGCCCGUGCUGCCGCUGCCGCCGCUUCUAAGAGCUCAACGAAGGCCAGCAUCCCCGGAUCCAAGGGAAGGAUCGUCGCUGUUAUCGGUGCUGUCGUCGACGUUCAAUUCGAUGAGAACCUUCCACCAAUUCUGAACGCUUUGCAGGUGUCGGGCCGUUCCUCUAGACUGAUCCUUGAGGUUUCACAACAUUUGGGUACGUUCUUUGCCGCUUUGUUCAGGUUUUAGAUCCAUUUUUGGCGUGCAAACUGCUUCGUGUCUGGAUUUCAAACGGCCGUGUAUUCAUAUUAUUCUUUAGGUGACAAUGUUGUUCGUACUAUUGCUAUGGAUGGUACCGAAGGUUUGAUUCGUGGUCAGGAAGUCAUCGACACUGGAAACCCGAUCACCAUUCCCGUCGGAGCUGAGACUCUUGGCCGUAUUAUCAAUGUCAUCGGGGAACCCAUCGAUGAACGUGGUCCCAUCCCUACUCAGAACUUUGCUCCAAUUCACGCUGAUGCUCCAGAAUUCGUCGAAAUGAGUGUUGAACAGGAGAUUUUGGUUACUGGUAUUAAAGUCGUCGACUUGCUGGCCCCUUAUGCCAAGGGAGGAAAGAUUGGUUCGUGUUUUUGUGUUAACCUUUUUCUUUGUGUUGAUUUAUAUUAUUUUCUAUUUUAGGUCUCUUCGGUGGUGCCGGUGUCGGUAAGACUGUAUUGAUUAUGGAAUUGAUUAACAACGUUGCCAAGGCCCAUGGUGGUUACUCCGUGUUUGCUGGUGUCGGAGAAAGAACUCGUGAAGGAAACGAUUUGUAUCACGAAAUGAUUGAGGGAGGUGUCAUCGACCUAAAGGGCAAGAACUCGAAGGUAUCUCUUGUGUACGGUCAGAUGAACGAGCCCCCAGGAGCCCGUGCUCGUGUCUGUUUGACUGGUUUGACCGUCGCUGAGUACUUCCGUGAUCAAGAAGGUCAAGAUGUGCUUCUCUUCAUUGACAACAUCUUCCGUUUCACCCAGGCCGGUUCUGAAGUGUCUGCUCUGCUCGGUCGUAUCCCAUCUGCUGUCGGUUAUCAACCAACUUUGGCCACUGACAUGGGUGGUAUGCAAGAGCGUAUUACAACCACCAAGAAGGGAUCCAUUACCUCCGUGCAGGCUAUCUACGUGCCUGCUGAUGAUUUGACUGACCCUGCCCCAGCCACGACAUUCGCUCACUUGGACGCCACCACUGUGUUGUCUCGUGGUAUCGCGGAGUUGGCUAUCUAUCCUGCUGUCGAUCCCCUUGAUUCUACCAGCCGUAUCAUGGACCCAAAUGUCGUCGGAGAGCGUCAUUACAACAUCGCUCGUGGUGUCCAGAAGAUUCUCCAAGACUACAAAUCGCUCCAAGAUAUCAUUGCUAUCUUGGGUAUGGACGAGUUAUCUGAAGACGAUAAAUUGGUUGUAUCGCGUGCCAGAAAGAUCCAACGUUUCUUGUCUCAGCCCUUCCAAGUAGCCGAAGUCUUCACUGGCCAUCAAGGAAAGUUUGUUACCCUAGAACAGACCAUCGACGGAUUCGAAUCAGUGCUCAAGGGUAGGGCUUUCUUCUUGAAUUCUGAUAUUUUCUGUUUAGGAGAGCUAGACCACAUUCCCGAAGUUGCUUUCUAUAUGCAAGGAGCCAUUGAUGAUGUCCACAAGAAAGCCGAGGAGUUGGCUAAGCUCUAA